AUGUCUGCGCUGACUCUGCAGUUCCGCCCUGACAACUCCGAGCGCAUGCGCAAGGACGAGGUCGAGAGAAACUACAACCCCUGGGAUGCCUUCCAAGCAAUCUGCCGGUACCUCGACCCGGACGCCGCCGUGGCGCUGCCGCUCGACGAGCUCCUUUCGAUCCUGUACCAAAUGCUCCCGAUCAAAACCAAGCGCUGGUCGACCGAGGAGGCCGACCUCAGCUACCUGAUCCUGGACGUCGUGGAGCAGAUCCCGCACGCGCAUCCAGGCCAGGACAAGAUGCUGGCCCUGUACCAACGCCUCGCCAAGUGCGACAAGUUCAUCUACCAACGCGAGCCCAGAGAGAGCUGUGCCGCGUUUGAAGAAGAGGCUCAUCGACGGAUCAUCUACUGGCCCUGGGAGAAGGAAAGCCAGGCAAGAGCGAUCGUCAACUCGUGCGCCUUCAUGGCUCGUCUCGAAGGAGCCGGGCUCUUGGACCCGUCCUUCAAGAGGGGGUUCUUUUUCCAGGACGCGCUCGACGACCCCAAGGCCGAGAUGGGCAAGGAGCCCUUGUACGAUAGCUAUCUGCUUGCCGCGUGCGCGAUGUGGAUUCUCUACGACACCGGGGUCUUUUUCCGCUGCGUAUCCUCCGGCAGGCAAUGGCACGACCCCGACCGCAGCGAUCCGACUGGAUUGGAGCAGUGGAACAAGUGGCAGCGCGUUUUUGCCGAGCGCGCAGAGACGAGUGAUUUGACCGACGAGGCGCGCCAGCUGGCUCGUCAAGCGGCCGAUCGUAUGGCGGCGCUGGCGAGGGAGGGUGAGGCUGCGAAGUGA